CCGGGCUGCUCCUCCGAACCCUCCUUAAGCCUGCGGAGAGAGAGCUGACAUCUGCAUAGGCUCCGUGCACGUCCGACGCUGCCUGGAUGCUAUAACCUGAAUAAGAGCGUUUGCAAAAGUUUCUCUCGUAACACUUGUUGAUCUGAGGAAGCGUCGGGGAGAGGACUGGGAGAAGGUCUGGCUCAGGAUUCAUGUGGAAGAUCUGGGACUUUUGAGGAUUACCAACGGACAUCAUUUUCAGUGUUUUCUGUGACUUUAGGGAUUGAGGAUUUUGCAGCGUUUAUUUAUGUCUGUCAUCCAGUCGUCCAGAUGGAUUUGAGGGUUUGAGGUUCAGCCUGCUGCAGUUUAACUCUGCAUAAACUUCUGUCUGCCUCAUCCAAAGGUUUGCAGUUUGCUUAGAUUGUUGUUGUUUUUCUUUUUUAUUUAGAACGUUUUCUGUGAUACUGUUCUGACUUUAGCUUUAGUUGACAUUUUCAGGUAACAGAAUUUGCCCAAAUCAAACAUGACUUUCUUUAAGUUUUGUUCUUCGUCGUACACGGUUUGAGGCUCGCCCUGCUCCACCUGAACUUCAGUCUUCUUGACCACAACUUGGACCUCGGUUACAGGUGCUUCUGUGCUCUUCUUCAGUUAGUAAGAUUUGUGACGAAGCGGUUUUGCGUGGUCACUUUUUGGAGGUCUUAGUCCCAGGCCCUGGUGCUGUGUGGAGGGACGCCGUCAUGGACCACACGCUCUUCGGGUGCCUGAGGAGCCCCCACGGCCCGGGUCAGGCCUUACACCCGGCCUUCAGCCCGUCGUCCCUCGCACUGCACGGACGCUCAGAUCAUGUGUCUUAUCCCGACCUGGCCUCGUCCUCCUCUUCCUCCUCCACACCUUCUCCGUCUCCCUGCGUUAUCUCCGGGUAUCCCCCCGAAGAAGGUCUGUACCACCCGCACCACCACCCGCACCGCUCCCACCUGCCCCUGCAGCACCACGCGCCCCCGCAGCACCACCCGGCCCCACCCUGGCACAUCUCGCACCUGCCCGGGAACAGCAGCGUGAGCCGCCACAGCCUGCACCCCCUGCACCCGCAGGACUCCGGGCCCUCUCCUCAGGACAUGAGCCACGGCGGAGGGCCUGCCAUGUGCGCCAGUCCCCCCAACAUGGGCAGCAGCACCCCCGGGCUGGGCAGCGGGACCCCCACGGGAGCUGAAUAUCGACACGGCCUGAGCUCAGCUGAGGCCGACAAGAGAAGCAAGAGGAAGAGCGAGAGUUCAGAGUCACAGGACGGGAAUUAUAAAUCGGACGUGAGCAGUAAACCCAGGAAGGAGCGCACGGCCUUCACCAAGGAGCAGAUCCGGGAGCUGGAGGCAGAGUUCGCCCACCACAACUACCUGACCAGACUAAGGCGCUACGAGAUCGCCGUCAACCUAGACCUGACCGAGAGACAGGUCAAAGUGUGGUUCCAGAACAGGCGGAUGAAGUGGAAGCGAGUGAAAGGAGGCCAGCAGGGGGCAGCAGCUCGAGAGAAAGAACUGGUGAAUGUGAAGAAGGGAACGUUACUGCCGUCGGAGUUUUCUGGGAUCGCGGCGCUGCACCACUCCACAGACUCCCUAGCCAACGACGACAGCCACGACAGCGACCAAAGCUCUGACCACGCCCACUUAUGAUCGGCCCCAACUCGGACUAAGACUCCGACCCAGAAGGAUGCCCAAAGAUGCCCAAAGGAUGCCCGUUUCCUGCUUUGCCAUCGUCCACAGCGAUGCUAAAUAAGUGUAAAAAGUGCAGCAGCGCAGAAGCAUUGUGUAGAUAUAAAGUGAAGUCAUAUUAGUGACGAAUGACGCCUGACUGUAAACAGGAGUGGACGAGCCCUAAGCUGUUACAGCUCUAAAGACUCUAAAGAAUCUAAAGACUCUAAAGACUCUAAAGACCAGCUGACCUGACAGUUUGUAAAGUGUCAUGUACUUUGAAUUUAUUGGUUGCAUUUUGAGCUCAGACUUGCCCCGACUACAGCCGUGCAGAUGAACAUGGAGACUGAGACCUGACCGUUCCAUUAAUUGCUUGCAACAGCUGACAUAGAAACCACGAUGAAUCAUACUUCUGAACUCUGACCUUUUUCCAAAUAAGGGAACUGCCAGAACGAGAGCCCCAAGGACCUCUGCUCUGCACAAUGCACAGUUUCAUGAAUGAUUUGUCCACUCCUUUUUACACCCCAUAUUAGAAUCACAGAAGAAUUGCAAAUCUUAUAAAGAAAGAUGCAAACAUUCCAUGUUGUGAGUGAGGGAGUCUAAAGCUUUGCACUGUUCACUCAGUUUGAUUCUACUGUAUGCAAUGGACUUAUUGAUCAAAUCAAGUGUCAGGAAAUAAAGUUAGCUUAGCUAAUGUAAAUGACAUGUAAAUAAUAUUACGUUCAUGAUUUUAUACCCACUGUAGUCAGCGCCUUGUAAAUCCACUGACAGGGAUUCGUCUACCACUUUUAAAGAAGACAUGCUGUGCUUUUGUCUGCUAGAUAGAUAAAUGCAUCAUUAGUUUAUAAUAUGGACGUUUUAUUGAUCUAACACUGCUGACUAAAAGAAGCAAGUCUGUGUCUGACACUAGCACACAGUUCACAAUAAUUACUUCUAGUAAUUACUAGAAUAUUAGACUCUCUAAAUACAACUUUGAGAGGGUAAAUGAGAAAUGAAAACAAUUAUAACGAGGCCCUAAAAAUGUAAUUUUGCAUAACAUGUCUUCUUUAAGGUGAAACCAGUUUGUAAUAACUCCUCAUCAUCACUUGUCUCGCUGUGUCUGCAGGGACUGUUUGAAUAAAAGUCCA